GCGCAGCUUCUCAGGUGGAGAAGAUGGGGAAGAUUGAGUGGGCGAUGUGGGCCAAUGAGCAGGCUCUGGCUUCAGGUCUCAUUCUUCUUACAGGAGGAAUAGUGGGGGUGGCUGGGCAGUUCAGAGGCUGGGAGUUUGCUGCUUAUGCAGUUGCCGCCGGUGUGUUUGUGUGUCUUCUUGAGUAUCCCAGAAGUAAGAGAGCCAGGGGAACAAGUAUGGAGCGAUCAGGCCAGUAUUGCUUCACCGUGUGUGUAAAAUCUUUUGGACCACUGACGAGGAACUACUAUGUCAGAGCGUUUUUGCAUGCUGCUAUCUGCGUGCCCGGAGGGUUCAUGCUUGCCACUGUGCUCGGAUGUGUCUGCCUCGGCAUCGCCAGCCUCAUCUACCUAGCAGCUGCUAUUCGAGGUGAACACUGGGAGCCCAUUCUUCCUCAAAAGGAUGCCCGGAAGCCAGCCGCAGACAGUAUCAAGAAUCCCCCCCAGAAUCCUCCACCAAGACCUCCUCCAGAGAUACGCAGGAAACAAGCGAAGGACGUGGAGGGAGCGGCGUACGACAAUCCCAUGUCUGUUACUGACGAUGAGUAACCGGCUCGGUGCCCCUAUAAACACUCGCACUCUGGGAUUCUGUGACCAAAAACAAAAUGUUUCCUAAAGUCCGUUGAACCGAGACGGAAAAUGAACGACAUCUUGAGCAUGCACUUUCUUAUCUCAAGUUACAAGAAGGAUCAUUUAGAGAAAAAUGGAAUGAAGUAUAUACCGGUGUUUUUUCUUUUUUUUAACAUUUGAAGAAAAAGAAGGU